AUGCGAAGAUGGUUGCCUCUAAAAAGGCUUCAGAAAGUCGACGUGAAGACGUGCAUUGUGAUCGUGCUAUGUCUUAUCGCAAUCAUACAGUUUAUUGCUUGCUUCGGUGUCUUCGACUACGAGUACAUUCCACGGGAUGAGAUAGAGAGGAAGCUUUAUCUACACGCGAGCCCUAACGUCAGGAAAUCGUCCAAAGCGGACUGUAGAUACGAAAAUGUUUACCAGAAGGUAUUUCCCGAUGAUUGGGAGAUCAAGAAAAGCGUGAACGACUUUGUCCCUCAAGGCAUCGCAAACGGCAGCUACACACCCACCGACUGCCUACCCCUCAUCAGCGUGGCUCUGCUAGUUACAUAUAGGAAGCGACAGAAUCAGUUGGACAUAUUUGUACCCUUUAUUCACAAUUUUUUGAGGAAGCAAAAUAUUCAUUACAAGCUGUAUGUGAUUGAGCAACAAGAUGAUAAAUUAUUUAACAAAGGUCUACUUUAUAACAUUGGCGUUCAAUACGCAAUGGCCGAUAAGUUCCCCUGCCUCAUAAUGCAUGAUGUAGACCUACUUCCUUUGAAUUCAGCAAAUCUUUACUCCUGUCUUCAUCAGCCUAGGCAUAUGAGCGCCAGUAUUGACAAGUUCAGAUUCAAUUUGCCUUACAAAACUCUCACAGGAGGUGUUCUAUCUAUUAGGACAGAUCAGUAUACUAAAAUCAAUGGUUUCUCUAACAAAUUCCUUGGGUGGGGUGGAGAAGAUGAUGAGUUUGCGCUGAGGAUAACUAAACAUGGGCUCAAUAUUUUAAGGUUUCCUCCUGAUAUAUCGCGGUAUACAAUGCUUGUCCACAAACAAGAAAAGAAGAAUGUGGCACGUCACCAAAUGUUAGUGAACCCCAAUCCAGAAAAAGAUGGACUCAAUGCUAUGCCUUUUCAUAUCACCACACAGCAUACGCACCGGCUCUUCGCUUUAAUUAAGGUGCAAACGUAA